AUUAACUAUCUACUGCUGCUCCAGGGCUGCAUGCAUCUGUCUGGUCUGGGGCUGGGAGGGAGCAGGAGAGUGGGAGGGGUAGCUCAUAGGAGGAAGAGAGGACUUGAAGGGAGAAAGAGGAGAGAGGGGGAAGAAGAGGAGAGGAGAGAAACAGAUGAGAGUGAGCGGAGCAGAGUAGGCCUGUUGACUGGAUGUAUCAUCGAGAAGCUCGGAGAAACUGGCAGACUGCAGCCGGUCUAUAAAAGGGAGGAGGAGGGGGGUUUGAGGCUGCACCUGGUCUCUGAAAGGGAGGAAAAGGGGGGUUUGUAAUUUGAGAGGGCCUGACAGAUUGUGGCUAUAGUGUCGCUACUCUACUCAGCACUAAGAUGUCAUGGCGUCCGACAUACCGAAGCUCCAAGUUUCGAAACGUCUACGGCAAAGUGGCCAACCGGGAGCACUGCUUUGACGGCAUUCCAAUCACCAAGAACGUCCAUGACAACCACUUCUGUGCCGUCAAUGCCAAGUUCCUGGCCAUCGUCACGGAGAGUGCCGGUGGAGGGUCCUUUAUCGUUCUCCCUGUCUCCCAGGCCGGCCGCAUCGACCCCCACCACCCCAAAGUGUGUGGCCACCAAGGCAAUGUCCUGGACAUCAAAUGGAAUCCCUUCUUUGAAAACAUCAUAGCUUCCUGCUCUGAAGAUUCCUCUGUACGAGUAUGGGAGAUCCCCGAGGGAGGGCUGAGGCGGAAUAUGACAGAGGCCAUGAUGGAGCUGUAUGGACACAGCAGGCGUGUGGGCCUCAUCGAGUGGCACCCCACCAGCAGUGGCAUCCUCUUCAGCGCUGGCUACGACUAUAAGAUCCUGAUCUGGAACCUGGAGAUAGGUGAGCCGGUGAAGAUGAUCGACUGUCACUCUGAUGUCAUCGUGUGUAUGUCCUUCAACACAGACGGCAGCCUGCUGGCCACCAGCUGUAAGGACAAGAAGCUGCGUGUCAUCGAGCCGCGCUCCGGGAGAGUCUUACAGUACGCCAGCUGUAAGAACCACAGGGUGAACAGAGUGGUGUUUCUGGGCAACAUGAAGCGGCUGCUGACAACAGGUGUGUCCCGGUGGAACACCAGACAGAUUGCACUGUGGGAUCAGGAGGACCUGUCUAUGCCCAUGGUAGAAGAGGAGAUAGACGGUCUCUCAGGACUGCUGUUUCCCUUCUAUGAUGCAGACACACACAUGCUGUACCUGGCAGGAAAGGGCGAUGGCAACAUCCGUUACUAUGAGAUCACCACAGAGAAGCCAUACCUGCAGUAUCUCAUGGAGUUCCGCUCCCCUGCCCCACAGAAAGGCCUUGGUGUGAUGCCCAAGCAUGGGCUGGACGUAGCAGCCUGUGAGGUGUUCCGCUUCUACAAGCUGGUGACGCUGAAGGGGCUGAUCGAGCCCAUCUCCAUGAUAGUACCAAGGAGGUCAGAGACGUACCAGGAGGACAUCUAUCCAAUGACGGCAGGGACCGAGCCUGCCCUCUCAGCCAAUGAGUGGUUGAGUGGGAUCAACCGAGACCCAGUGUUAAUGUCCCUGAAGGAGGGCUACCAGAAGCCCAACCAGCUGGUGUUCAAGGCCCCGGUGAAGGAGAAGAAGAGUGUGGUGGUCAACGGCAUCGACCUGCUGGAAAACGUGCCACCCAGGACAGAGAACGAGUUACUGAGGAUGUUCUUCAGGCAGCAGGAGGAGCUGAGAAAGCUGAAGGAGGAGCUGAACACCAAGGACGUUAAAAUACGCCAGCUGGAGCUGGAACUCAACAACCUGAGGAAUGUCAGCCCCGCUGGAAACAAUGUCUGACCUCUGGCCUAUGGCACCACCACCACGCCACGUCCAGCUUCCUCCCUCCGUCCCUCCCUCACUUUCAUCGCGUAUCAUUUGUACUUCAUGUUGCGAUUGAUUAUGUAAUAGCCACCGGAUAAUGUAAAUACUGAUUAUAGCGUUUGUGUAACAGUUUUUGUUAUCUAUAACGUAAUCAUGUCGACAUAACUGCUAAAUCCCUCAAUUGAUAACAUAAUAACCAACUGGUAAUGCAAUUUAUUGUUAUAAGAUUUUUUUUUAUUCUGUUCCAUUGAUGUAUCCUGAUAUCCGGUUUGGUUUCAUUACGAUUAGUUAUUACAUCAUCAGUUGCAAUACGCCACUCCCCCCUACUGCAGAGCACCAUCAGUGUACCCCAGGGGUCCUCACACCCCACCUGCCAUGUCAUACCAUGCCCCUCUGAGUCCACGGGGCAAAGCCUUUGUCAUCACCCAGAAAUGCCACCCCCAAAUCCUCCAACCUCCACCCUUCCAUCACCAGAGACUACCCUGGGGAAAGAGAUUGACUACCCCCUUCUCCACCCUACUCCAACCUCCACCCUUCCAUCACCAGAGACUACCCUGGGGAAAGAGAUUGACUACCCCCUUCUCCACCCUACUCCAACCUCCACCCUUCCAUCACCAGAGACUACCCUGGGGAAAGAGAUUGACUACCCCCUUCUCCACCCUACACCAACCUCCACCCUUCCAUCACCAGAGACUACCCUGGGGAAAGAGAUUGACUACCCCCUUCUCCACCCUACACCAACCUCCACCCUUCCAUCACCAGAGACUACCCUGGGGAAAGAGAUUGACUACCCCCUUCUCCACCCUACACCAACCUCCACCCUUCCAUCACCAGAGACUACCCUGGGGAAAGAGAUUGACUACCCCCUUCUCCCCCAAUCCUCCCCCAUGGCCUUAGUACUACCCACUGCAAACCAACUCACAGCAAAGCUGCAACAUCUCAACCUCCCAAUGGCAGAGUCUACUAGUAGUUCCACCUACUGUGGAUGAUGAGUUUUACAGGGACAUGAAUGAGAAUGAUGAGUUUUACAGGGACAUGAAUGAGGAUGAUGAGUUUUACAGGGACAUGAGUGAGGAUGAUGAGUUUUACAGGGACAUGAGUGAGGUGUAUUUCAAAACGGUUAUUUUUUCGUCCUUCAUCUCUCCUAGGAAUGUGUUUUCUGUACAAAGCUGCAGCUCUGGCUCAGACUGGCAUACAGCAACCCAAAUGUAGUCUUAACGGGCAGUUUGUCUGUCGCCUCAGUCAUUGUCUUUAGGAGACGUUUUCUUGGAAAUUGUAUUAUUGUUACUAUUUAUUUGUUAUAUUUGAUGUUUUUAGCUAACUCUUUAUGCACAAACAUUAAUCUCAUGUCUUUGGGAGAAAUCGUGGUCAUGAAAAUGAUGGCUGACGCGCUUGUGAUUGAAUUAUGUUUUCACCCAAAUGGUGGCAAUUUGGCCGAGACCGUAUACUCAAACAGGUCCUGUAUUUUCUUGAUUGAAUUGACACACUACUAAAAUCUGGUCAAUUGGAAUAUUAGUCAAUAUGAAAUUAGGUUAUGUACGUAACAGUACAUCAAACCGAAAUAUUAAUACAAUAAUUGUCUUUAUACCUUUCAGCUAUGAAUAUCCUAUUUAAGAAAGUUACCAACAUUGUUAAUCUGUGGUUUCCACAUGAUCCAUUCCACUCAAGUGAAGACGCUGUAUGAUAUUUCCUGCAGUUCAGGUUACCUGUACUAUACCUCUAGAGAGGAAUCAUUAUUAGCACCAUCAUCAUAACAUUGUCAUAAUCGGUAACAUUCACUGCAGGGGUUGACUGACUAAAUGAAUGAAACAGCAAUAUUA